AUGUCGAAGCCUCUGGGACCGAGGAGGGUGUCCUUUGGACCUCGUGGCGAUGACUCGAAAUUUUUAAAAGCGAUCCGCUAUGAAGAGACUGCAGCUGGAGAAGCUCCAUUGCAUGAUUCAAUGAGCGAACUUAGGAGGCCGAAAACUUCGCCCGCAUUGCGGUCCGUCUAUUCAAUAACCCGACCCGAACCUCCCCAUGAUCCUCGACGCGACUCUGGCCUUGCCCCGUCAAACUCUUCGAGGAGGUUCAGCGCCGCCACCGACUACGAGGAUGCAGUAUCGCAUCUGACAAAGGACCCAAGUAGUCCAAUUUACGAUGAUAGCCCACCUAGUCCCGACCGUUCAACGACGCGACCGAAAUCCAGGACAUACUCGCAGGAGACAUACGAGUCUGCAACUGAUGCCGAUGAGUCCCAGCCAGGGCUCCGUAAUGUCUUUGAAAAGAUUACGACGAAUAUCCCGGACGGUAGCCUCGAGGACCUAUCUACUCCAGGCCGGCUCGAAUUUUCGAAACGUGGGAGUAUUCUGAUCAAAGGGGCGAGACCAAGGACCGCCAACGCUGCUAUGGACAGAGAAAGCCAAGCUAGGCGAGAGAGGGCGAGAGCAGGGCGCUCAAACCUACCGCAAGGGCGAGUUCUCUCAGCAGAUGAAGAAAUGCUUUCGCAAAAGGUUCGAUCUAUGUAUGACCAUGGCGGGGAAGCCGGUGUCGACUGGACAAUCGAAAGAAUGUCCUGUCUUGGAGAAGAAGAUUCUCGUAACACAAUGCUUUCUUCAAAAGAUCGAUUGGCAAACGGCUCUGCAGCAGAUGGAGCGAGUGGAUCGGGAUCAGUGCGUCCUGUCUCAAUCAAUUCUACGUCUCAAACUGGGAAGCGCGAAAGUAUGAUACAGCGAGAGCCUUGCGAACUAGCCGGCGGCAUUGAAGACUGGGAAAACGUACACGGAGAAGAUGUGGACCGGUAUGGAUUUAUUCUGCCCAAGAAGGCAGCAACCGAUUUCUCCGCCAAAUCAGAAGCGCGCUCUUGUCCGCCGGAACAUCCUCGACCGCAUCGUGUCUCAACAUCCCUUCAAAUAGCCUCUGAGGCUCCCCGGAGAAAGCGAACGCUACGCCGAAAACUGUCUCAACCGAGCGCCGCUCAAACACUCUCUCCUCAUACACUGUCGUUUAACGGGAGAAAGAGUUUGGAUCGCUCGACUAGAUCCGCAACGUCCUUGAUGUCAUAUCGAUCUUACCUCUCACUCGGUAUCUCUCGUCAUUCUCUUCGAUAUGCCGCAAAUCGGCUGCCGCACAAUCGAAACCGGCGAUGGCUUGAUGAAGCUAGUGAUAUGCUCACCUUGCCUCCCGAGUUAGCGCAAUUGCCUGAUUUUGAUCGUGCAGGAGACAUAUCACCAGAAAUGAAAAAAAGGGAGCGCCGAAGGGAAGAGAAAUGGCGGAAGAUGGCUCAUGUGGUGAAGGGUUCUCCAACAGGUGGCAAAACCGUUUUUGAAUUCGACACAAACGAUCCAAAACUCAUAUCCCGCACAUGGAAAGGCAUUCCUGACCGCUGGCGAGCAACGGCUUGGCAUGCUUUCCUUACAAGCAGUGCGAAGAAAAUGGGUAAAUGGGAACCUGACGAGGAUAUCAUAGCAGACUACCAGAGACUUCUUGCUCAAAGUUCUGCGGAUGAUGUGCAAAUUGAUAUCGACGUUCCGCGCACUGUCAGUAGUCAUAUUAUGUUUAGAAGGCGCUAUCGAGGAGGGUUGAUUGACGAACAAAACGGCAGGCAACGACUUCUCUUUCGGACAUUGCAUGCGCUUUCACUCUACUACCCGGAAAUUGGCUACGUCCAGGGAAUGGCUUCCCUGGCUGCUACGCUUCUUUGCUUUUACGACGAAGACAUGGCUUUUGUGAUGCUCGUCCGGAUGUGGCGACUCCGUGGGCUCGAGACCCUCUACCGGCCAGGCUUUGACGGGCUGAUGCUGGCAUUGGCGGAGUUCGAAAAAGUUUGGCUUUCUGGUAGUCUUGUUUCGCAAAAGCUGGACGAACUAGGCAUCGGAUCAACAGCAUACGGGACGCGCUGGUACCUCACCCUUUUCAAUUACUCAAUACCAUUCCCGGCGCAACUGAGGGUGUGGGACGUGUUUAUGUUACUGGGGGAUCCUCGACAGAACCCUUCGUCGGGCUCCGUUGCAGGCGGUCUAGAUGUUCUACAUGCGACUUCAGCCGCCCUGAUCGCCGGCACACGCGAUAUUCUUCUAGAUUCGGAUUUUGAGAAUGUCAUGAAAGUAUUGACCUCGUGGAUCCCAAUCAAGGACGAGGAACUGCUCAUGAAAGUGGCAAAGGCGGAAUGGAAGAAGCAUAGAGAGCGAAGGAAACCGUGA